CAAGUCAGCGUCAUCGUUUUGGAUAAAAUUAUGGGACUGACUCAUUCCCAAAGCUGACCUCCAACACUGCUCCCUUUAAUUAUACUAUUCUCCUCAUUCGAAUUUAUACCCUUAUUAGCUCCUCAAUUCCCAUAUUCUUGGUGCGAAUUGGGGAAGUUCUUUGUAAUUAUUGUUGGUUGCAGCAGAGAUGGGAGCACAAGAUUCUGCCAAACGACCUCUAGUGUUUGCCUAUUAUGUCACUGGCCAUGGUUUCGGCCAUGCCACCCGCGUUGUCGAGGUAGCUCGGCAUCUCAUUCUUGCUGGGCACGAUGUUCAUGUGGUCACUGGUGCACCAGAUUAUGUUUUCACAACUGAAAUACAGUCUCCUCGUCUUUUCCUACGGAAGGUGCUCUUGGAUUGUGGAGCAGUUCAAGCAGAUGCAUUGACAGUUGAUCGCCUUGCGUCUUUGGAGAAGUAUUCCGAGACAGCUGUAGUACCUCGUGAGACUAUUUUAGCGACUGAAGUAGAGUGGCUGAAAUCCAUCAGGGCAGACUUUGUGGUGUCAGAUGUCGUUCCAGUUGCUUGCAGAGCAGCAGCUGAUGCUGGCAUACGCUCUGUUUGUGUCACCAAUUUUAGUUGGGACUUCAUCUAUGCUGAAUACGUAAUGGCUGCUGGUCAUCACCACCGGACCAUAGUUUGGCAGAUUGCUGAGGACUAUUCGCAUUGUGAAUUUCUUAUCCGUCUCCCAGGAUACUGUCCAAUGCCUGCAUUUCGUGAUGCUAUUGAUGUACCUUUGGUAGUGAGGAGGUUGCACAAGCCCCGUGAGGAGAUUAGGAAAGAACUCGGGAUUGGGGAGGAUGUGAAGACUGUCAUUCUCAACUUUGGUGGACAGCCCUCAGGUUGGACUUUGCAGGAGAAGUUCCUGCCAAGCGGUUGGCUUUGCCUGGUAUGUGGUGCGUCUGAGAGUCUCGACCUUCCUCCAAAUUUUGUGAAACUUGCAAAAGAUGCAUACACUCCUGACUUGAUAGCAGCAUCUGAUUGCAUGCUAGGCAAAAUUGGAUACGGAACAGUUAGUGAGGCCCUUGCAUACAAGAUUCCAUUUGUCUUUGUGCGCCGGGACUACUUCAAUGAAGAACCAUUUUUAAGAAAUAUGCUAGAGUUCUAUCAAACUGGUGUUGAGAUGAUUAGAAGGGACCUAUUAACUGGACACUGGAGACCAUAUCUCGAACAUGCGCUUAGCUUAAAACCGAGCUACGAGGGUGGCAUAAACGGCGGAGAGGCUGCAGCUAAAAUUUUGCAAGAUACAGCCUAUGGUAAAAAUUAUGCAGCAGACAAGCUUAGUGGGGCUCGGAGAUUGCGUGAUGCUAUUGUUCUUGGGUAUCAAUUGCAAAGGGCUCCAGGCAGAGAUCUCAGUAUCCCAGAUUGGUAUGCAAAUGCUGAAAAUGAACUUGGUCUCCGCACUGGAUCUCCUACCACUCUCAUGAAUGAAGAUACUUUUUUCACGCCAUCACGCCCUGAAGAUUUUGAGAUUCUUCACGGAGAUUGUAUGGGCCUUUCUGAUACCAUGACUUUCUUGAAGAGCCUAUCAGAACUUGAUGGUAUCCUUGUUUCUGGAAUUACUGAGAAGCUCCAAAAGAGGGAACGAAAAGCUGCUGCAGGUCUCUUUAACUGGGAGGAAGACAUUUUUGUGGCAAGAGCACCUGGAAGAUUGGAUGUUAUGGGUGGAAUAGCUGAUUACUCGGGAAGCCUUGUACUUCAGAUGCCGACUAGAGAAGCUUGUCACGUUGCAGUACAAAAGUCCCAUCCAUCUAAACAGAGAUUGUGGAAGCACGCCCUGGCUCGACAGAAUGCUAAGGGACAAGGCCCAACUCCUGUUCUGCAAAUUGUAUCAUAUGGAUCUGAAUUAAGCAAUCGGGGACCUACCUUUGACAUGGAUCUGUCAGAUUUUAUGGACGGAGACCAACUCAUGUCAUACGAAAAUGCCAGAAGUUUCUUUGCUCGGGAUCCAUCGCAAAGAUGGGCAGCAUAUAUUGCGGGGACCAUUCUGGUUCUGAUGAAAGAACUGGGAGUUCACUUUGAGAAUAGUAUUAGUGUUCUGGUAUCCUCUGCUGUGCCAGAAGGCAAAGGUGUCUCUUCUUCUGCAGCUGUGGAGGUCGCUACAAUGUCUGCAAUUGCCGCUUCUCAUGGAUUAAAUAUCGAGCCAAGACAGCUUGCUUUGCUCUGCCAAAAGGUGGAAAAUCAUGUAGUUGGAGCUCCAUGUGGUGUCAUGGAUCAGAUGACUUCUGCGUGUGGUGAAGCUAACAAACUUCUCGCAAUGGUUUGUCAGCCUGCUGAGGUAUUAGGUCUCGUGGACAUUCCUAGUCACAUACGAUUUUGGGGAAUUGAUUCCGGAAUCCGGCAUAGUGUUGGUGGUGCUGAUUAUGGAUCUGUCAGAAUAGGAGCAUUCAUGGGUCGAAAAAUUAUUAAAUCCGUGGCUGCAGAAUUGCUAUCACAGUCCACUGCAAAUGGUGUGACGUCGGAUGAUCUGGAAGAAGAUGGAAUCGAACUGCUUGAAACCGAGGCUUCCUUGGACUACUUAUGCAACUUGUCACCGCAUAGAUACGAAGCUCUCUAUGUCAAUCAACUUCCUCAAACGAUACUCGGUGAGGCUUUCUUGAGGAAAUAUGCUGACCAUAACGAUCCAGUCACUGUGAUUGAUAUGAAGAGAAACUAUGGACUCAGAGCAGCUACCAGGCAUCCUAUAUACGAAAAUUUCCGUGUCAAGGCCUUUAAAGCAUUACUAACAUCAGCAACUUCAGAUGAUCAGUUAACUGCUCUUGGAGAAUUAUUGUAUCAGUGCCACUAUAGCUACAGCGCCUGUGGGCUCGGCUCAGAUGGGACAGACCGGGUGGUGCAGCUAGUGCAAGAAAUGCAGCACAGCAAACACUCUAGGGCGGGUGAGGGUACUUUGUACGGUGCAAAAAUCACCGGAGGAGGAUCUGGAGGCACUGUUUGCAUUGUCGGGAGGAACUGCUUACGAAGCAACGAGCAAAUUAUUCAGAUACAGAAGCGAUACGAAGGUGCAACGGGCUACUUACCUAUCGUUUUCGAGGGAUCCUCUCCCGGUGCAGGGAGAUUUGGCCAUCUGAGAAUUCGUCGUCGCCUCCGAAGUCCGAACUAAGUAGUACUAUAACAUAGUAUCCUCCCAAAUAUAUUGAUAAGAGAAGCCAUGAAUAAACUCAAAAUGUGACCUAUAUAUUAAACCAUUAAACAUUUGAUUCGUCAUAUACGUAAUUCCAAGUCUAAUUUGUUGAAUUGUUUGGAUUAGGUAUACCUGCUGUAAUCCUGUAACCAUUUGUGACUUAUUAUUGUAUAGCAUGGUCGUUAUGAACUUCA